UUGGCGCACAACACUCUUCUUUACUCAACUUGUUUUCAACCUUUUGGCACUAUCGGCUUCAUUUUAUAUAUAGUACAUGUCGAUAGGUGUGACCUAAUAUUUUGAACCUGCAUCAUACGACCCGGACCACAAUGGGAAUUUUAGGUUUAUCGAAGUUAAUUGCCGAUGUUGCGCCAGGUGCCAUUAAGGAGGGAGAGAUAAAGAACUUCUUUGGCCGCAAGAUUGCUUUGGAUGCAUCGAUGUGUCUUUACCAGUUCUUGAUUGCCGUUCGUCAAGAAAAUAACAUGCUCACCAAUGCUGAUGGCGAAACAACUUCGCAUCUCGUCGGAUUCUUCUACAGAACUAUACGCAUGAUCGAGAAUGGUAUUAAGCCGUUGUAUGUGUUCGAUGGCAAACCACCUGACCUGAAGAUCGGAGAACUGGAAAAACGCGCUGAGAGACGUGAAGAAGCUCAGAAAGAGUUAGAAAAAGCUACUGAAUUCGGAAAUCAGGAGGAUAUUAAUAAGUAUCAGAGAAGGCUUGUAAAGGUCACAAAGCAGCACAAUGAAGAUGCCAAACGUCUUCUUGAUCUCAUGGGUGUUCCUUUUCUUGAGGCGCCUUGUGAAGCCGAGGCUCAAUGUGCCGAGCUGGUGAAAAGUGGGAAAGUAUUUGCGGCCGCCACCGAGGAUAUGGAUUGUCUUACUUUUGGGGCACCUAUUGUACUUAGACAUAUGACAUUCAGCGAGGCCAGGAAAAUGCCAAUUAAGGAGUUCACUCUUUCAAAGAUACUAAGUGAGCUAGAAUUCACUCAAAGGGAGUUUAUUGAUCUCUGCAUUUUACUUGGAUGUGAUUACUGUGAAAGCAUCAAAGGUAUUGGACCUAAGAGAGCCAUUGAUCUCAUGCGUCAGCAUCGUUCAAUUGAAAAUAUUCUUCAGAAUCUUGAUACUAAGAAAUAUACCGUACCCGAAAAUUGGCAGUUUGAAAGGGCUAGAGAACUCUUUGAAAAACCCGAAGUUACCCCAGGCCAAGAGCUGGAGUUUAGGUGGAUGGAGCCUAACGAAGAUGGACUGGUAAAAUUCCUGUGUGAAGAAAACGGUUUUAACGAAGAAAGAAUUCGGAAUGGAGCGAAGAAAUUACAUAAGGGCAAAAAUAGCUCACAGCAAGGUCGACUGGAUUCGUUCUUUAAAGUUUUACCAUCUACGCCUGCCCCUAAACGGAAAUUUGACAUCAAAAAAGAGGCCGUGUCUUCGUCGAAAAGGAAAAAAACGGGAAAUGCACCGUACAAGAAAGCCAAGUAGACUGCAUCGCUUGAAAAUUAAUCUUGCAGGUAGUUUUGCUUCGGUACCUUAUUGGUAUAAAAUGUAAUGAAAUUUGAAAAUCCAUGAAAUCACUUUAAAGCUUAAGUGCAUGCAAAAUAUCUUUUCAAUCAAGACUGCUUAAGCCGUUACUCGUUAAAAGAAUCACCGUUGAAUGUAAACGCAGGUGGCUUUAAUUUCGUAGAUUUAUAGACACUUAUGGAAGAAAAACAUUGGCACAAUGCUUCAAGUGAGGUGCUCAUUUAGCUUGGUUGGAAGUCGAAA